UGAAAGUGUUGUUUGAUUCUGUAACUUUUCACUUGGGCUUUUGAUUUUGUUUUUAUUAUUGUUGUAUCAGUUUUGGUAUCAAGUAGGGUUGAGAUUAGCUCCAGGUUUCAGAAGAGUAGUGUUUGGAAAAUUGCUAGAGUUUGUAUUUCAAUGGAUAGAUAAACAGGGAACUGAGUUGCUGAUUGAGAUUUCAAAGGGCAUUGAUGUCUUGAAGAUUGACUCUGGUUUGCCUUAAUGCGUUUUUAGCUGAAGACCCACAGUAAAAACACAACUACAUAUAGAAAAACGAAAACCACAAGCUUAUCAGCCCACAAAGAUGCUGUGAAGGCAGACGAGAAGUAGGUAAUAUAGUAAAUUGCUAGACUAGGUUUUUUUUUUAUAAGCUAACUCUGGUUGGUUGGCUUGAAAUUAUACCUUCUUUCAGUUGUUUCCAUUACUAUUUUAUUGCUGUAUUUACUUUGGCUUGUGCUGCAUGAUUCUGGUUUGCAUGAAUGUUUAAACCUUGGAUGGUUUUCAUAAAGUUAGGGGAAAGAGAGUCCAGUGAAACAAGGUGUAAUAUAUGACUUGAUAGUCAGGUUAACUCUGAAUCAAUGUUCUGGAAUAUUAGGGCUAACUGCUGACAAAGACUUUUCUUAAGUUCUAUGUCCAUUGUAAUUGAUUGACUUCACUUGUAUUUGGCUAUUUUUUAUCUAUUUGUUUCAGUAUAAAUUGUUCAGAAGUGUCAUUGUUUCAGUAUAAGUCAUCGAGAAGUGUCAUUGUUUCAGUUUAAGUUGUUCAGAAGUGUCCCUGAAUUGCAUUGAAGAAAUGGGAGCUCCAAUGAAGUACACCUGUGUUGUAGUGUUUCUUGUGAUUUUGAGCAUUGCUGGGUUCAAUGGAGUAGAUGGAUAUGGCCCAUGUGGGAAACAUGACAUCGAGAAGGAAGCUGAGAAGCUGGCUCCUUGUACGAAGGCAGCUCAAUAUUUGGAAGCUCCAGUUUCUAAGCGUUGCUGCACUGUCAUGGAGAAAAAGCUCAAGAAUCCUGACUGCCUGUGUGCUAUUAUGUUUUCUCAUACAGCUAGGAGUGCUGGAGUCAAUCCAGAAGUUGCUGUCACCAUUCCCAAACGCUGCAACAUUCCUGUUCGUCCCGUGGGUCACAAGUGUGGAGCUUUCCCACUGGUUUAAGCGUGAAGACUCUCAUGGUUCUUCUUCCUGUACUAAACUACUCGGUGUUAGCAGUAUCAGUGUGCGGAUUUUGUCCUUGUUGCUAGUCAAUCCAGUUGACCAGUUUCACUGUGACAUCCAGCCUUUUAAGUAAUAAAUAAAACUGCUGUUGUAUCUUUGAAUAACAAAUGAAAUUGUAGUUGUUGCUUUUGAAUAUUAAAUAAAAGUUCAGUAAUCUUUCAGAAGCA